CACAAGAAUGUCAUCGAAGAACACUUUCGUCGAUUUCACGCUCUUCUUUGUGGUUCCUCGCGAAGAAAACCCACUUCGGUGUCAGAGCAGUCGGCGGAGGAAUCGUGACGCAGAGACGACACCACCGAAUUCGAUUCCCAAGCAGAACUAUCUGCAUUCCGUACAGCUCAGUCGACGAGAACGAAGUGUAAAUUCCUACAGGUUUGGAGACUGUGUUGAUACUCACAAUUUGGAUCUGUACCUACCACAAAUUUUAGUUUUGGAUCAAAUAAAGAGUUGCAGAAUUACUACUCCCUUUUUCGAUCCGUAACAAUGGCCUCCUACGUUAACCGCAACCUUUCCCAAAUGAACGAAGCCAUCAACCAGCUCGAUUGGAACAAAAACGCCAAACGCGCAGUCCAACGUACAUCCCCCUGGGUCGCACUUUUCGGUUUGGGUUUGGUCGGCGGAAUGGCGGCGGCAUCUAGCCUUACGACGGCAGUCGCCAAGGAACAUUUCAAACCCGGCUUAGAGAAAGAAUUUGGCACGGCCGACGGAUAUUUUCCGUCCGCCACUCCGGGAGCGUCCCUGUCUAAACCGCCGGCGAAUCGUAAUGUCGUGGUCGGCAAGCACUAUGAUGCGAUUGGAGAUCGCCUCCGCAACACCAAAACGCGUCGGGGACGGAUCCGUGGUGACACUGUGGUGGCGGAAUAGAUUUUUGGGUUUCCUUCUUGUACAUACCAUGCUUACACGUUUACCGGUAGAACAGUUUUCACAUU